GAAGCCAUGCAGCUCUCCAGUUCCUCCAGGGGAGCAGAUGAGAAUUUUGACUAUUUGUUCAAGAUCAUCCUCAUUGGGGACUCCAAUGUGGGGAAGACGUGUGUGGUGCAGCAUUUCAAAUCUGGAGUCUACACAGAGACACAGCAAAACACGAUUGGGGUGGACUUCACCGUGCGCUCCCUUGAGAUCGAUGGCAAGAAAGUGAAGAUGCAGGUGUGGGACACGGCGGGCCAGGAGCGUUUCCGGACCAUCACUCAGAGCUACUACCGCAGUGCCCACGCCGCCAUCAUCGCCUACGACCUCACCCGACGGUCUACCUUCGAGUCUGUGCCUCACUGGAUCCACGAGAUAGAAAAAUAUGGAGCGGCGAACUUGGUUAUUAUGCUGAUUGGGAACAAAUGUGACCUGUGGGAGAAACGGCAUGUCCUGUUCGAGGACGCCUGCGCCCUGGCUGAGAAGUGCGGCCUUCUUGCUGUUUUAGAAACAUCCGCCAAGGAGUCUAAGAACAUAGACGAAGUCUUCGUGCUGAUGGCCAGGGAGCUGAUCGCCCGCAACAGCCUGCACUUAUUUGGGGAGAGCUCCGUGAACAGCCUGGCCCUGGAUUCUAGGCCAAUCCUUGUGGCCCAGGGUCCGAGGGAAAAGACCCACUGCUCGUGCUGAGAUAUGCACGAGGCCAGCCGCAGCCAGGAGAUGCCGCGU